AUGGUGAAGAAAAAGAGUAAAUUCUCCAAGUUUUUUGACAUAAGAACCACUGUCUUCUUUGUAAUAGCUAUUGGCAUCUCAGCCAAUACAGUCCUGCUUCUGUUCCACAUUCUUACAUUCCUCAUCAAGCACAGGACAAAGCCCCUGGACCUGACUAUGGCACAGUUGGCCUUAAUUCACCUGGUGUUGUUGGUAACCAUGGGCUUCAUAGCUACAGACACUUUUGAGUCUCACGGUUGGGAGGAUGCCCUCAUAUGUAAAUUGGUUAUUUAUUUGCAAAAGUUGAUGAGGGCCCUCUCCAUCUGUACCACCUGCCUGCUGAGUGUCCUCCAGGCUAUCACCCUAAGCCCCAGAAACUUUUGCUUGGCGAAAUUGAAACAUAAAUCCUCACAUCACUACCCAUACUGCCUUGGGUUUUUAUGGCUCUUCAAUAUGAUCCUGAAUACUCGUUUCUUAGUCUCCAUUGGUGCCAGCCCCAAUAUGACAUCAGAAAAUCUCGUAUUUGUCACCGAAUCCUGCUCUCAGUGGCCCAUUAGUCACUUUUUCAGGUACAUAUUUUUCUCAUUGGUGAACAUUCAGGACAUCUCCUUCAUAGGGCUGAUGGCUCUUUCAAGUGGAUACAUGGUGAGUCUCUUGUGCAGGCAUAAGAGACAGCUCCAACACCUUCACAGCACCAGGAGUUUUCCAAAAAUAUCUCCAGAAGAAAAGGCCACUCAGAGUAUCUUGCUGCUCAUGGGUUUCUUUAUGCUCAUGUACUUUUUGGACUGUGUUACUUUCUCAUCUCGUGCUAUACUGUGGAACAAUGACCCAAUUAAUAUUUGUGUCCACAUGCUUGUGGGCAAUGGUUAUGCCACAAUCUGUCCUUUUGUGCUAAUGAGCACUGAAAAACGAAUGAUUGAGUGCUUACCAUUCAGGUGGAAAAGACUAUAA